AUGUCUGCCGAUCACGAAGGAGACAGUCAUAUGCUGUCUUCAUCAGAAUCUUCACCGGAAGUCGAGACUCCUCAGAAACAAAUCACAGCCGACCCCGCUACGCUCUCGCCGCCUGCGUCACAGGCUCGCGGCGGCAUGACUUCCGGCGCAACCGCAUUCGGCGCAUCCAUUGCCAAUUCCAACGGCAAACGACCAUUGAACACAAUCAGCAACGAGAUCGACGACGAACGCGAAGAGCUUGAUAGCAUGGCCAACAACGCCAAAAAGCGACAGGACUUUCCGACGAAGACCCAUCAGCGGAGCGGGUACACUUGGUCGCGCGCCGAGGACGAGCCUGGCUUCUCCUGGUUGAACGUGAAGGCAGUGGACGAGGCUGCGCGUGCAUGGGAGAAUCUGUGUCACAAAGAGUUUAUGAUCAAGAAUCGCUACGGAGAUAUCUUCGACAUGGUGGACAAGGAAAAGGCCAAGAUUGACAGAGCCAGCAAGCCGCAAUGA